AUGCCUUCUGAUACGUGGACCGAAAAAACUUUGCGCUCAUACCUGGCGACACAAAAUAUAUCGCCCAACGUUGGACCCUCAGCCUCCAGCCAAACCGAUCCGGCCUCUCUUGCAGUUGGAAUAACUGGGGUUAUUCCCAAUCCGGACAGUUCUCCGGUUGCGCCCCAGCUUUCUGAUACUUUUCUGAAGGAUUCAUCAUCGUCAGCACAGUCAAAUUUAGGCCUUCAGCUUUUAUGGAAAGUCAUUAAAUUAAUAAGCUUGGCGCUCAUUUUACUUUCUCCUCUUUUGCUAUCAUCUUUGCCACUUCCAUUUCCCCUUCCCUACUGGCUCCAGCAGCCAUCGGAGGCGACCAUGGACAACCCAAUCCCCUCCAUCCACUUGUGGCUUCCUAUUCUGACCAUAAUUAUCCUUGGCAUUCCAUUUGCAAAUGUUUUCAUUAGAAUAAUAAUUUGGAUUCUGGGCGCAUCCUCUCCUAUUAGCGGUUCUAAAAUCAAACACCCUUCUCUUGCCAGAUCUCGAGCUAGACAUUUUCUAUCUGUCUCUCAAAAGUAUGUUGCACUGUUUACUUAUGUCUGCACAUUGGUUGUGUGUUUAAAUAAUGUUGAUCUUGAACAUAUCUUCACAAUACCUUCUGCCGACGAGCGCAUAGGAAAUAUUCAUGUGUCAUUGAACAAAUUUCUAUUUGCUUUGGUGCUAGGAACCCUUUUGUUUGCAUACAAAAACUACGCAAUCAUUUCAAUGGCGAUGGCAUUCAACUAUUCAAAUUACAUUGCUCGUGUUAGAGAUGCAUUGUUUGCAGAUCGUAUGUUAGACAUUUUGGAAGAGGCAGCUAGAGCAUCUUAUAAAAUGAGAAAACGGCUUUCUUCUUCUCUUCAACCCCGUUCUGAUUCUUCUCGACUUGCUUCUCUCUUUGAAAGUCCAAGAAGAGCACUUGUUUCUGCUGGUGGAUGGCUUAAGCCAUCCCAAGCUAAUAUUCAGGUUACCACAACAGCAUCAGCCACAUCAACAAUUCCGGCAGGCUUUUCUGCAAGGGCGCCAAGUCAAAAUUUACCUGCAGUAGAAAAGUCUUUCAACAAAGAAGAAGACACGCCAACUAAGGGGCCUGAUUCUCAGUCGAUUCCAGAAUCUCCUACUAUUGUUCUUCCAGACCCCCCUGGCCUUCAUCAAACCUUGGCCAUGGCUCCAGUUUUUAACCCACUUCAAAUGCAGGAUGACCUGGCUGAUUUUAAUCGACUUGCACAAAGGAUCUUGACAACUUUCGAAGGCAGCUCGAGAACCCAAUUUUCGGCAAAUUCAAAUUCAAUUACAACGGCCCCGUAUAAUGCGGAAAUGCUCCAACAGCAUUCGUUUCUCAAAACCACGGAACCCACUUCUGGUGGCUCUUCCCCAGCUGGAGCAACGCAAACAGAAUCUUCCGGCCCCCAAGAGCAGCGUAGCGAUAAAAAAGAUACACGGCAUCAUUCUGAAAUUAGACGGCAUGCACUGCAUCGUUCUCAAAAAAUUUUCAAGUGGUUUUCAAAAGAAACUAUUUCGUUGGGAGAUUUAAGGGUAUGUCUGCAGGGCUCGUGUUCUACAUCAGAUCUUGAAAAAUUCUGGUCCUCAAUUUUGCAUACCCAACGGGGAUCAAGAUCGGCUUCUCAAGAGUCCCGUGUAAACGCAUCUUCCUUCAUCAUGCCCCAGGAAGCCCUUGCUGAUUUCAUUGAGCGCUCAUAUUUGGAAGUUAUUUCCGUGUCAGACUCUCUUUCUUCGAUGGAGGCUGCCAUUUCUAACUUGAAUAUUUGCUGUUCCAUAAUUUGCCUUGUUCUGUUGCUAGUAUUUCUUGCAUUGCUUUUUGGAGACUUUUUGGCUGCCUUGACCUCUGUCUCUUCCCUGAUUUUUGGUGCAGCUUUUAUGUUUGGAAGCAGUGCGAAAAACAUAUUUGAAUCGAUCAUUUUUCUCUUUGUCGUCCACCCAUUUGACAUUGGAGACCGCGUCUUUAUAUCCCUAGCAGGGGGAACCGGUCCUGUACCGCCAAUUUCUAUGCCUUCUGGUGGCGCCUUGUUUACUAAUGCCUCUCCAGGAUCUGGAGCACUGGAAAAUCUCGUGGUCCUUCAAAUGCAUUUAAUGACUACCGUCUUUGAGCGUUGGGAUGGGGCAAGAAUAUACAUUCCAAACUAUGUCCUUGCCACAAAGCCGAUAAUCAAUGUUCGAAGAAGUGGGGCCCUAUUUGAUCGACAUUAUUUACAAAUUGCGUUUAAUACCUCAACCGCUGCUCUUACUGCUCUCCGCACACGGAUUUCUACCUUUUUGGCGCAAGAAAGGAACGACUUUACCUCGCAAUUUUUGCUAAAUGUAGAGUUUAUCGAAAAUGUCAAUCGAAUACAUCUGGCUGUUCUUGUGCAGCACCGUUCCAAUUGGCAGGAUUUGGAAGCUCAGUUGGCAAGACGAACGAAACUCCUAUUAUUCAUCAAAGAAACCAUGGAGGAAUUAAACAUAUCCUAUGCCCCUCCCAUUCAAAAGGUUGAACUUUUUCAGACCCCAGCUUUAAAACCAUCUCAAUCGGCCUCCCAAAAUAGCAUUGCAGAUCAAAGUAGCACCACUGCAAUUUAA